GGGAUGGUUUGACAAGAAAUUUUUUUUAUUUGCCAAAUUAUCAAUGUUUACACUUAAGUUUGCAAAAGUGCUCACAUUUGCUCAAACAACUAACAUGAAUUUUUUUACAUUUUAAUUCAAAAUACAAAGCAAAGUCAGUGUUUUGGUGCGAUACUGCAAUUUUACUUUAUUUCAACCACCCUAUUUCUGUUACCUAUUGCCAUUACAGUGGUAUUCGGUACCAAUGGUAUGCUCUGUUGUAAACUGAAGCAAACAUUUAAAGGCAUCUUUCAAAUCCCAAAGUUAAGAUACUUGAUAUUACCUCAUUUUGAUACGUGGAAUUGAUGUUUGAAACAUUAGCAAACAGUUAAUUUUGGUAAAUCUCCGGUCUCUGAAUCCUCCAUCUGCGUAGAGAGAUGAUAAUGGGCAGAAUAAUAAUAAGAAUAAUGAUCAAUUUAUUUAAAGUUAGCGCUACUUAGCUAUUUAUAGUGAAAUGAGCUAAUGCAAGCCAACUGUUAAAACUAAUACAUCAAAUAAAUACAUACAAGAUUGAAUAUAUAAAGUUUCAAGUAUAUAGUAAACUUUAAAACGAAUUAAAAGUGUAGCAUAAAAAUCUAAUCUGAGAAUGAUACACCUACUUUCAAGACCAUGCCAUGUUAUGGCCAAACCUGCACCUAGAGUGGGGGAGUCGCAAGCUCUCUCUUAUUCCAAGCAUAGCAGUCAGGGGGAGGUCACAUUGUGCAGAAGGACCAGGACAACUGUCUAUAAGCAUAGCUACUCUGUGUCCUAACAACUACCUUCAAAAGCUAGGUAGAAGCAUAUAAUGAUACACUGUCGCAUCAUCAUAGUCGCAAUGAUGCCCGAAAAGUGGUUACUUACACAUUCGAAAACUUGGAUGGCAUAUUUUAAGAGGGGCUCAUAAAAGACUAUUGGCCCAAUUUUACUGCAAUCAUGUCAGAAAGAAUUUGAAAAGUGAAAACCUUAAACGUCAUUGGUAGAUUUCAAAUUCCAAACAAAAAGAGGUUAAGAUAUUUCUUCAUCCAAUCUGUUGCAGAAUAAUUUCAUGCCAUCAAAAAGAAUAUCUCGAAAGCCUUGAAGAGGAUUGAACAAACAAACCAGAAAAAAGUAGAGAUGGCUGUGUAUUUAUUUUUAAUCUCGUCAUCAAAUUAAUACCUGUAUUAAUUUAAGGAGAAAUAUUGAAUCUAGACACAGAUAUAAACAUGUAACAGGUUUAAAAGUUUGUUUGGAUGGCCUUUGAUCGUUCUCAUUUAUCUCCUUGCGCAAAGCAAACCGUUUGGUAUCGAGGUGAAUUUUUCAAAUAGAGUCAAUAUGGAGGGAUCAGUUGUUGCUCUUAACCCAACCCAGAUAUAAACCUGUCAUUGGAACCGAUUUUUGCAAAUGCAUUUAUACCAGAAUUGCAUAAUAGAAUAGAAAUUAAGUUUCAGUGUGGUAGAAAAAUGAAUUGACUUUGGUGUGCAAGCAGAAGUUGCUUCGGGAACUGCCACACUCUCCUGGACUGUCAGUUUCUGGUACAAAUUUCUGGACAUCUCGAUGUUUUCAUAUAUUACUGGGAUAUUACUGUCAAAAGGCCGUUCGCCGGAGACUGAUAUUUUCAUCGUCCUCCUCCGCAGUACAAUUUUUCCCUGACGACAGUAACACAGUUUCCCUGUGUUACUGAGAGCGAGAAGGAAGAGGAUGUAGGCGGGUGUUUUGAUUUCAAAGAUUUCAUAUUUUCGACGUUUUACAGUUGGAAGAGAACUGCUCAGAUAGAUCUGUCAUAAAGAAUACAAAGAUACUGUAUGGAAGUAAUGGAAAGUGUUUUGGGAACUGCUUGAAGACCCAACGUUAUUCAGCAUGGAAAUAUCCUUAUAUGGUUAACAAUAAAUCCCUCCUGUGGUAAAAGUUAGUGAGCCAAGAAGAUUCAGCGUUGGUCAGCUUUAGUUCAAAGAUCAUAGUCAUGUCGGAAAUCAUCGACUGUAUUUCGUGGAUUGUGCAGAAGACCUGCUGGUCAUUUUAUGUUUUCUUGAAGUUUCUCUUGUUACGCUUUCUUGAUUUGCUUGGUCUUAUUUUCAAUGUUGCUGCCUGCCUUACAAUAAUUCGUUUUCCGAUGAUGAUCCGCCAGUUCGCUGAUAUGGAUGAUCUGGAAGAAUGGCGAUACGUUGGACUAGUGCAGUUACUGAUUUUUAUAGUUGAUAUCCCCGUCAUGAUUGCAGCUGCAAUCCUUGUAUUGACGGUUUUCAGAAUGUUUCCUCUCUGUAAGGAGUUGAAAGAAAACAACUGUGAAUGGGACAUUAGUAAACAGUCUCAUGAGAUUUACUUUUCUGGUUUUAAAACAAGAAAGAUUAUUAUGAAACAGUUUUUCCUUCUAUUGGUUGAUUUACUGUUUAUUCCUGCAGCAUUGUUGUGCCUCUUGUCGUGGCGCUGUAUUAUUUUCAUUAGAGCUUUCAAGGAAGCCUCGGACCAGUGGGAGAAACGCAAGACAUGUUUCAAACAGCUUCUGUACUUGUUCCUAGACAUACCAUGCAUCGUACUUGGCCUUAUUUGUAUGUGCACGUGGAGAAUGCCUUUUAUUGUUCAUAGAUGGUACAAAGCAUAUCGAGACGACACUGAGACUGAGUGGGACACAGAAAAAUGGUACGCUUUUUACCAUUUCGGAUUAUUCCUAAUUGAUAUCCCCUGUAUCGUGUGUUUUUUCGUUGCCUCUGUUACAUGGCGACUUCCAUUUAUGACCCAAAAGCUGACAAAGAUUUCAAUAUUCGAUAAAGAUGAUGAAUGGAAGCUGAGGAAGCUAGCUGUUGCCCAGUUCAUUCUCAUUUUUAUCGAUAUCCCAUGUUUACUUUGCUCACUUUUCGUGUUUGUCACCAUUUGGAGAUUCCCUGCUUUUGUACAAAAUAUCAGAUAUGCUCUACGUAAGAAAAGUGGCAGACAGUGGAAGGUCCGUCGAGCUGCGAUUUUACAGUUUUUUAUAUUUUUCAUCGAUGUCACCUGUUUUAUAUUGUGUGCGAUAAUAAUUGGGACAUUAUGGAGACUUAAACCGCUGUUGCAAGGAAUAAAGAAAGCUUUGUCUUCCAAACACAAAUCAAAGGACGAGGAAACGAUGAAAGGUGAUGUUGAAGGGACAGCUGGAGCUGGAGCUGGCGAACAAGUAGAAAUAAAUGAGGACCUAAGAUCAAGCUCUGUUAAUGAUUCACCACCAACAGCUGAAGGAAACCUGAAGGAUCUUGAAGAUUCACAGAAAGAAGUGACCGCAUCAAAAGUAGAUCAGGAUGAGAGCAAUCUUGAUGCAAGCACAGAAAGUGCUAAAAAGAAACUUCGAAUUGGCUGGAAAAUACGAAAAGUGAUAUGCAUCCAGUUUGCAAGUCUUCUUAUCGACAUACCAGCUUUGGCACUUUUAUGUUUUUUGAUAGUCACAAUACUCCGACUCCCAAAGCUCCUCUCCACAUUUCUCCAAAGUGGUGACUUUUACACCGAAUUCGCACUGACUGUCUAUUACCAGACGUUCCUUCUAUUUACUGACUUAUUUUUUGCGUUACUUUUUCUACUUUUAAUGUUUUUACGGCCAUUUCAAUCUUGGAUUUGUCUCCUCGAAGAUGAAGACCAUAUGAAGUAUCGUUUGCUUCGCCAUCAUAUGCAGUGGAUCCCUGAUAUCGUUGCUAAACGAAAGCCUGCUUACCAGCAAGCCAAUGAGCUACUUUCCAUUCACCUAAAAAUGUUCUCUGCGUCUUACCUCUUCAAAAAUUCAGUCAAGCUUUGUCUUGACGAGUUCAUUGAUGAACUAAAAAAGAUAAGAAAUAAAUUGAAAGAUCAAGAUUUAGACCCAGACUAUGUUCAUUUACUCGAUUCUGUGUUGUGGUGGGAAGAUAAGCGAAUUGACAAAAUGCUCAGGCUUUACGUUUGUGAAUACAAUUAUCUAUGUCGCCCUGAUCGUCAAGUGCACAAAAAGAACUUAGAAACACUCAAACGGGAGCUCGAUAUCUACGAUGCAAAGGUAGACGAACAAUAUCACCAUUUGAAGGAAUUCAUUCUCACAAAAGUGCCAUUGUGGACUGAUUCAACUGGAUUAAGUUCGCGCACGAGAAAGGAAACGCAAAAGGUUCUUAUUGACUGUCUUCCACGUGGUGAUAUUUUCUUAGUGCUUCUUGCACUUUUGUGUUGUGUUCCAAUAUAUAGGGGCCCAGCUAUGGUAAAAAAGCUGUACAAUCGCUGGUACAAUCGAUCAAACAUAAUAUUAAGAACUAUCAAGGAAUAUGGCCUAGAUCUAUUGACACUGUGUCGCAUUAUUGUAGUUGUUUUCUUCAUUUACCGUGCCCCCUUCUUGAUAGCAGAUAUACUGAUUGACAUAGUUGACAAAAAGAGUUGGAAGGCCGUCAGACGAACUGUAAAGAAAUAUCCUUUGUACAUUUGGGAAGACUUGAUCAAAAUGAUACAGACGCUCUUAAGUUGGAAGACGCCGCGUUUCAUCGUAACUUCCAUUCUGUUUGGAAUCUUAAUGCCAGCAGACAUAUUUUUAACGACUGCAAAAACUUUAACCACAAAUGUGUGUAUUGCCUACACGAUAACUGGGAUUAUUUAUAUCACAAUGAUUGGUUUACCAUUUUUAAUAUCAUUUUAUCUUGGAAGUAAGCUGCUUGCGAUUGGCAUUGGCUGGGUCUCCGCAGGAGUUUCUUGUGGUUUUGUGGCUGCAUUACUUUUGGUUCUGGCUGUUAUGGUAACAGCAUAUGUCAAAAAGAACCGCGACACAAAGCUUGUUCCACAAAUUCACGACUAUUUUCAUUGGAACUGGUACAACUUGCAUGUUAUCUUUAUGGAGCUGCUUGAAUUUCUACAGUCGAACGCGCUGGUAUUCUCAUAUGUUGGUAUACCAAUGUAUGGAGGGUCACUGCUCCACGAAGCCUCAAAUUACUUGCUUCUUUCAUUCUUUCCAUUCAACGUUAAACUGUGGAUCGCUUUUGUGCUGUUUUUCAUUUGGUUCUUCCUUAGUGCAGCCCCUGUUAUUUUUGAGCAAAUUCUUGAAGACCUUCCCAAGGGAACCUGCGAUAAACACCCAGGAUGGAAAAUGGCUGUAUCGUUAUUUGCAAACACUUUGUUCAUUACUUUUGUCGAGUGUUUCUUGUCGUGCAUUUCCUGUUCCUACGUAAAGUGCCCAUCUGAUGUCAACUACAAGAUCUUACCCACAAAUCACACUUGUUUCAGGGCCUAUCUGGCAGACGACAAUAGCUUGUUAUGCUGGGAGGGGCAGCAUCGACUAAUUGCGCUUUUUGGUCUGUUUGGUCUCGUGUGGUACACAAGUACAUCCUUUUUAGUUGCUAUUCAAUACGGUGAUCCUGGAAUAACGAAACAAGAUGUGGAGUUUUCUCCAACAUACAACGUGAUACAAAAUUUUGUAAAAGCAGCUAUGAUUGCUGCUGUUGUUGUUAUUACCACAAACAAAUUUGCAGGUUUGGGAAUUCUUAUCACUGGAAAUGCACUGAUGAUUAUAUUUACAGUACUGUUCAAGACAUUGUUCCAUUACAAGCCAACUAAUUCAUUUAGUUUCCUGUCAUGGAGAGUUGCCGCCUAUUCGUCAAGCGUUUGUGCGGCUGUGGCUGUAACAGUUGCUUUUGCUAUGGAUAAACAAAACAACAAACUACCCGUUAUAAUCUUCGGUGUAGGCACUUUUAUUUCCCUUUUCAUUGCUGCAGUUUUGUCUGUUAUGUUGCGGAAAAAGGAUCGACUUGAAUCAGUGCGACAGAAGUUUAAAGAAAGACUGUCUGCUCUUGAGAAACGGCUUUUGAAAGAUAACAUGCUUUUGAGUUCUUGGAAAGAGCAACAGAAGGCCUGGAGGCAUCUGCUUAGAGGUGUUCGUGAAGCUAGAAGGGAUGAUCAGCUUUUCCAGGCAGCGGAUUGGGAAGCUUUGGUGCCAAAAGAUGUUGAACCCACAGUCUUCGACCCUGAGACUGAAACAGAUGGCCGGACCUUUGUUGAUAUGCAGACCACAGAGGUUGCAACAUUAUCUCCUGAUCAAAAGCCAGAAAAUGUUUUGAUCCCUUCAGACCUUCCCCCACCCCCAUCUUAUGGUUCGGUGACUGGUGACGUUGUUGAUGCCCCCAACUUCUUCGCAGAUAGAGUUUAUUUCGGAGAGCAGGAAGUAAUCAAAGAAUCUCCAUUUGAUAACCCACUGUUGUCGCUAGAGCGGAAUGGAGUCAAUCUGUUGUUGGUUUUGGAGCAAAGUAUUCUUUACAAAGCCUAUUCUUUCUCAUUUUUUGCCCAAAGAUCGAUAUGGUUGUCAUCCGUUGUUGUUUCGAACUGGACAGGACUCAUGCACUGUCUUGAAGUUUUGGAAAGCAAUUUAGACUUUUCCUUUAAUCUCCCGAGUACGCUUGAUAUUUCGAUCGCUGGCAAUUCAGUUAGCACAGAUGUUCUAGACGAUGACCCGAGAGAUCAGGAAGAGCCCCCUUCUUAUAUCCCAGAGUCGCGUGACCCAGCUGAAAUCGAAGCCUUGUCUACAAGACUGCGCUUACAGGCCCUUGGAGACGUUGAAUCCAUUCCAGAGCAUGGCUCCAAAUGGAAAGAGCUAAUGGACAAAUUGCUUCCAACUCUCCCAGUGAUAAGAAACUGGACCUUUGAUAAGGAUUCUGGUGAUUUUGAAGUGAAAUUGCGACGGAACGUCACAGGCACAAUCAAAAGCGUAGGGUUGAAUGGCGCUAAACUUGCUAGGGGGGCAAACAUCUCUCUUGGCAAAGUUACAAGAGGAAAUCUUGCUUUGGGUAAGAUUCAAUUUUUGGAUGGGUACCAGCCAAAAGGGAGUAAAGGACCAAUUCAGAUCAAUGUAGGCGACAUUCAGUUCAUUUGGAAGAAGAAUCAGUGGUAUCUAGAGUCACAGGGAAAGAGUGUUAAAUAUGACGUUGCAUUAGACUCAAUGCAAGUACUCGAGUGGCGAUAAUUAAUCGUAAAUAAGUUUUGUAAUCACCUCUAUCGCUUCAAAAAUCUUUAUGCACGUCACAUAAUUUUCAAUGCACAUUAUUUCUAAGGACUGUUUGAUGUCGCUCGGGACAUUACUGCCAAGGCUUUUUGUGGGCUUGUCAGCAGUUAUUUCUUCAGCUAAUUUGAUGUUUAACUAUUCUUUUAUACUUUUAUUAUUUCAUGUUUUUUCAUGCCUAUUUAAGAUGGCGAAUAAAAGUUUCUCCAGGCAAUUGCUCACCAACCAGUUAAAUCCUGCACUUAGAUUGGCCUAGUUCCAUUUAAACCCGUCAAUUCAAUAUGUUUGUUGUUAUUCCACGUUCCACGUUUGUUGUUCCCAAAUCUUUUUCGAUUUGCGUUUGGCCUCCCUUUAUCGCCAUGCAUUUAAGCUGUCGAAUUCCUACGCCCACAUCUUGUACCGGAUUAAUAAUUUUGAUAUUGGUGUUUAUUUAGAUAAAGGAUGUGCUUGCCGAUGAGUAGACUUUUCUCAGCAAAGAUUCCAAGACAGGUUUUUCAUUUAGGAAAAGAUAUCUCUUUCGCCACAAUGAUCUUAACAAUGGACUUUUACGAAUUACUUAGAAAAGACUUAGAAAAGACUUAGACAAGGACUUAGAAAAGCUGGUUAAAAAAGGCAUUUAUAGAAUUUGCUUCCACCCCCCUAAAGGUUUAUCGUAUAAAUAUAUGGACAGGUUACCCAAGUAUUGGUGGACAAACUUUUCCGUAUAUCAAUUCAGUAGAUAAGAUAGAUGUGAGCACUUCGAAAAUUCUGUUUAUUCUUAUCUUGAAAUUUAAUAUUUACUGUUUAUAGCACGUAAGAAUUCAGAAAAAAGUUACACUGGACAUUAUUUCAGGCAAUAUUGGAUGAUAUGAAAGGACAUCGGUUGAAUAUUAUACUUAUUUUAUGAAUAAAUGAAUAUGCAAUUCUGAUAAGAUGAUAUUUAUAUAUCGUAGACAUGAUGUUGCUUAAAUUUUGGAAGUAUUUUGGGUGUGCGAAAUUAAAAAUAAUAUGCUGCAUAAAUGAUUUGUCACAUUCGAUGAUCGAGAAUAUCAUGUGCUUGGCAUAUCAUUUGAUUUUAUUCUGUUUCUUCCGACCUACGAUGGUAUCUCUGUGAUUUCCGUGAAGCUGUAUCAGCACGAAGUUUUUAUUGACUCAGUAAAUGUUGAAGAAAGUUUCAUUAAGGAAUUAAUCAAGAACCAGAUUUUAUGAAUUAUCAUGUUAUCUAUUCACAACAAGCUAUGCGUAGAAAGUAUAUCGUUUACGGAAGUUCUAGUACUUUAUGGGGGUUGCCUCGAUGUUUUCUUCUUGUUGUCAAAAUUUCUGAUUUUUGCUGCUAAAUAGCAUACAGUUACUCCAAUAUUGAACGCCCACGUCUUUGCCCCCUCCCCCCCCCCAUGCCCUCUAUUAGGCCAACCAAGAUAGAAAAACGCCUCUUUAAAAGCAAGCCAUUGAUCUAAUGGGGCGUGAAGGAUAUAGAUUCAUUACUUUACAAUAGAGUAGCCAGGGUUGCCAAAUUUCUUCCUCUUCUUCUUCUUCUACUUCUUCUUCUACUUCUUCUACUUCUUCUUCUCC